ACGUUGCAAUCAGUAUAGCGAAGUAAAAUGGCUGCAUUUCUGUAUCUGUGAGUGCAACCAACGAAACAAAUAUAUAAUAUUCUUAUUUUUACAGUAGUUCAAUACAUAUAUAAAUUUAUAAAAGUGGCGAUGAAAAGUAAAGAACGCUCUCCGGGCAAAAGCAAACGGUCUCGGGGAGCGGAAGACUUGCGAGACCGUGGCAGUAGUAAGAAAACGACCUCGGCCUCUUCGUCGGGUAAAAGUGACGGCGGGUCAGGGCGACGGAGCAGCGCCUCCCGGAGCGCGGAGCGGCGAACUGAAAAUCGUGAAUACGAUGGAGGACAUCAUAGCAGUAGAAACCACAAUUAUGGUGGUGGUGGUAGUUCUGGUGCCAGUAGCUCAAAGGCGUCUGGUGGGCUUAGCCCAGAGAGUAGACACAACGCCCGCCCAUCCACAACCUCUUCGAGUACGGGCAGGAGCAGCACUGAACGGGGUUCUAGUGGCGACGCACAGUACAAAACCUUGAAAAUUAGUGAGCUUGGAUCCCAGCUCAGUGAUGAAGCAAUUGAGGAUGGACUUUUUCAUGAGUUUAAGAAAUUUGGCGACGUUAGUGUCAAGAUCAGUCGUACAGGUGAUGAACGAGUAGCCUUCGUUAAUUUUCGGAGGCCUGAAGACGCCCGUGCUGCCAAACAUGCCCGUGGACGCCUUGUAUUGUAUGAUCGAACUCUUAAGAUUGAGGCUGUUUAUGCCCCCACCCCUCGACGCAGAAGCCGUUCUCCCCUUACGGCCUCAGUAAAUACACCCGUUGCAGCUGAUAAAGAACCAUUUAAUGCAGGAAGUACUACCCCCCUUUCUGGACAUCGUUAUGGACAACGGGCAGUCUCGCCAAAUGCCAUUGGUUACCGGGAUUACAGAUUACAGCAACUAGCCUUGGGUCGCUUGCCACCACCCCCUCCACCACCACUGCCUCGUGAAUUGGAAAGGGACCGUGAAUUUGGCUUCUAUGAGAAUCGGUUGCGCCCUGCAGGUUACAACCUGGACCGAGCCCCACCUUACCGUGAGGAGGAAAUUUCUCCUGAGGACGAUCAGCGGGCGAAUAGAACUCUCUUUUUGGGUAACUUGGAUCCUACUACAACAGAGCAAGACCUCCGACGAGCAUUUGAACGUUUUGGUGUUAUUACAGAGAUUGACAUUAAGCGGCCAACCCGUGGUCAGAGUAGCACUUAUGGUUUUGUAAAGUUUCAGAACUUGGACAUGGCCCAUCGGGCCAAAGUUGCCAUGUCUGGUAAACCGAUUUGUCGCAAUAUAGUGAAAAUUGGCUAUGGUAAAGCCACACCAACCACACGCCUCUGGGUUGGUGGACUUGGACCCUGGGUACCACUUGCUGCAUUGGCCCGUGAGUUUGAUCGUUUUGGCACUAUUCGCACAAUUGACUAUCGUAAAGGCGAUACUUGGGCGUACAUUCAGUAUGAGAGCUUGGAUGCAGCACAGGCAGCAUGUGCUCAUAUGAGAGGGUUUCCAAUGGGAGGGUCUGAUCGUCGACUCAGAGUCGACUUUGCCGAAACAGAAAAUCGGUACCAGCAGCAGUAUUUGCAGCCUCUGCCACUACCACAUUACGAUCUUAUUGCUGAUAGCUUUGGCCACCGUGGCUUGGAACCACUCCGACCACCCAGAGACAGGACUCCCCCACCGUUUUUCAGAGAUCGUGAACUUUACUUGGAAAAUGAUUGGGCUGUGCCUGCUGCAGUAAGGGAUCGCAACCGGCCUGGUUUUGACUUGCUUGAUCAUGUUGACCGAGAGAGGCGACGUGAAACCUGGUCAGCAGAGCGUGAUCGUGAACGAGAAGCACUACUUAGAGACCUGAAUCGUAAACGUCGUGCACCAGAGGACAGUCGACAUGGAGAUAGGUCACCUGGCAGUGACCGGUCUCGUAAAAGACAUUGCAUGUCUGCUGAUCGUAGCCCUGGUGGCAGUAGUGGUAGGGAUGUCGGCCGCUUCAGUGAUACAGAAAGGACUUCCCGAAAUGAACGACCCGUUUCUCCAAGCCGAGUAGAUGGACGUAAUAGCAUUGAGAGGGGUACAGGUGAUCGUCGCGACCGUAAAUCCUCUCUGGAAAGGGAUACCGACCGUAAGCGACGGACUAAUGACAAUAAGAGCCCUGCUAAGAAAGAGGAACGACCGGAGAACACUGUACAAGUUACAGUUCCUACUCCUUCAAAGGUCACACCAAAGGUAGAAAUCGCACCGAAACCAAAUCUUGCCUGGCAAGGUAUGCUGCUCUUAAAGAAUAGCAACUUUCCCACACAUAUGCACUUGUUACAGGGCGACAUGGCUGUUGCUAGUGGUCUUCUCGUGGACGGUUCAACAGGAGGCAAAGUAGACCAGCUAAAAAUAACACAGCGUCUCCGACUGGAUCAGCCUAAACUCGAUGAGGUAAAUCGUCGUAUUAAGGCAGCUGGAGCACAUGGCUACGCAGUUCUGCUUGCUGUACCAGGCACAGCUGAUACUUCAUCUGCCACGGAGCCUGGCAGUGCCUCCACCCAACGGCCACUCCGGAACCUGGUAUCUUACCUUAAACAGAAACAGGCGGCGGGGGUUAUCAGCCUCCCAGUGGGGGGUAACAAGGACAAGGAAAACACGGGGGUACUACACGCCUUCCCUCCCUGUGACUUUUCUCAACAGUUUUUUGAUUCUUCAGCUAAAGCCUUGGCCAAAUCAGAGGAGGACUAUCUUGUCAUGAUUAUUGUGAGAGGAGCAUCAUGAACAGUUUUAAAUUUUGUACAUAUGUGUUGCUGACCAGUUUGUGUAAAGUUUUAUAUUGCAUUACGGGAUACAGACUCCAUUAAAUGAACUUCUUAGGAUUUUGUAGGAAUUUUUUUUUAAAGAUCUGAAUUAGUUUCCUUUUUCAAUUUAUUUGAUGAAAGUCUUUGUGGAUUUUAGAAACAAUUACUUUUUGAUCUUAUUUGUUUUGUUUUAUAUUGAAGACUUUUAUUUUCCCAGACUUCUGUUUUAAUUUACAAGUAAUCCCCUUGUACAUCCCAAUGCAGACUUUUUGAAACGUGGUAUCCCAUAAUGCAGUAUGUCCAUAUUUUAGUAGUUCAUUAAUGUUAGCUCAUUAACUUUCUAAAUACACAGGUUUAUGAACAUUUUUGUGUAUUGUAUUGCUUGUAAAAAUCUAAGUACUUCAUAUGUCCCUCUGCUUUCCAGGCCUAGUGUAUCCUAAUAGGGUAUUACCUAGGGGAAGAAGAGUAAACAGUAGUUAAGAGCGCACAAAAAAAAAAAUCAAUAAUAAGAAAUAUUAUGCAGUUUUGUGUAUUUCGUGUAGUAUGGUUCAAAUGGUCCUAGGCAGAAUUUGGUGCUUAAUAUUCCUCUUGGUUUUGGUUAUUGGCUAGGGGGAGGAUGUGAAUAUGCACUUUUCUGUGUUAAACUGCACAUGAAUGUUACUGGCAUUUGCAAAUAUACUGAAUAUUUUUUGAUUGUUGGUGUUUAGGGUGGGAACCUGUAAGUGUCACCAAAUGGGCCUUAACAUUGUCGUGUGGUCAGGCUUUUAAGUUUUGCUGGAUGUUGUGGAUUUUUUUUUUUUUUUUUUGCCAGACCAAACACAUUCCCAGUAAGUGGAUUUAAAGCAUCCUGGAAAAAUUAUCUAGGAUUGUUAUGUAUUUGGGUGGGGUGCGAGUAGGUCGCACUUGGCAAGUUUGUUUACACAAAGUUAACAAGUGAAUUGUGCCCGAGGCAUAUGGUAAAUAGUUCUGUGUACUCUGUGACAUUUUGCUGAAUAUAUUUUUUGCCACAUUAAGUUCAAAUUAGCCUGAAUGGUGGUGUUUGUUUUUAUAUAAUUCUCUUAAAUGUAUGUUUUAUUAUUUGUGUAGCUUGCAGUCUCCAAUUUGACCUGAUUCCUUUUCAUUUUUUUGUCUGAGAAGUGUAUUAUUAACGUGUAACAGUCAGACUAAAAUGCUAGUCUUAUGCAGGGUAUGGCUCAGUGUGUGCUGGUACUGCAUGUCAACAUGUAUCCAUUAUGAGCCCCCAGUAUAUUUUGGCUUUUACCAGGUCCAGUGCCAGCAGGUGUCAUUAGUUUAGCUGUCCAGUGUUAUCUUUUAAAGCUCUUGAAUUUUUAGUUUUGUUUCUCUCUUGCAUUUUUAGUUUUGUUUGAUGUUCUGUGGCAAUAGUUCUGAUUGGCACAGGACAGAAAAGGCAAUUUGAGUGUUUAAAGUCUGUUUAAAAGCAACAUUUAUUAAUUUAGUCUGUUCUCACUUGCUUUCUUCCCUGAGAAAAUACAAUCUAGCAGAACCAUUAACUGUUUUUCAGAAUGGUAUUUUAUACUUCUGUGAAGUUGCAUGGUUGUUUUCAUGAUAUUACUUGCUCCAGAAGUUUAGCAAGGUUGUCCUGUAUUGAAAGAAUGAGCAAGUUGCAUUUUCACAGCACAUGUCAUAUGUACAGGAAAGAUGGCAAUCUUGAAUUGGCAAGAACUUUUGAUGGUUUUGGGAAUUGCAUUGAACUAUGGUGGUGCUGCUUACUACAGUUUAUUUACCCUUUUCAGCAUUGCGUUCUAGUGGUUUCUGAAUAGGGUUUUUCAUCUUUCUUUUUUAUGGCCAUUUGAUAAUCUGAACUAUUUGCACUGUGACUGAGCACCAUAUAUCUGGUCAUAAAUACUGCUGGGCAUUUAUAAGUUUGAGUUAAAUAGAAUGGAACAUACAGGUCAUGUUGGGGUACUGCUUUCUUGUAGCAUUUGGUGUGCACAUCAGAUUUUGUGCAAACAUUUAAGAAGUUUCUUUUCACAUGUUAUGUAGAAUAGUUACAGCCAUUUGAGGUUUAAUGGCUAGAACUGAACACUGCCAUUUUCUGUGCUUCCACCCCCCCCCCCCAGGGUGUUUGCGAGAGAUGUCUGUCUCUCCCCCCGGUAACUUAGAAUGAUUUGUUGUUGCCCUUUAAUACUAAAGGGCCUGGUGUGUUUAACAUGCCCUUUUGCUCCUUUGCAGGCAGGUAGGAAUGGAACAGCAGGGUUCGCAAAUGCUGAGGAUUGGAGGGCUUUUUAAGGUUGUAAUCUUCCUUGUAGCAAAUCAAAUUAACCAUAAGCAGAAUUUCUAGUUUUUUUGCAGUGCUUCACAUGUGGCCCAUUGUGCAUAGUCUUGUCACAGCCUUGUUGCCCCCCUCUUUUCCCCCAAAUAAUGAGAUCAGCUAAUAUCUUUGUCUUCCACUUAACUGUCUUGCCCUGUGUCGCCCAGGAUAUAAGUUGUAGUCUUGAGUAUUUUCUAUUCACUGUGUUUGUUUGCGUGCACAUGCACCCAAAAUACACAGGAGUUUUAUCAUUUCGGUAUGCUAAAGUAAUACAACCUAGUUUUAUUUUGGGUGGUUAUAACUUUGUUGAUGCAGCACUUUGAGUAAUUGUAUUUAUAUUAGCAAAUUGUUCAUGUUGAGUAUCUAGCCAGCAGUACCACAGUGAGACUUGUCUGUUCCAAGCUGAAAAUGUAUGUGGGACAUGCUUUCCAGGUUUAAUGCAACUUCAAGUCAGUUGAAGUGGUGAAGUUUCUUAUUGUCGUAAAUAUUGGAAAAGGUGACUGUAGCUGACUUGACCUACUAGGUUUGUCUUGCAGCCAUUGAGCAACAUCUGAAUGGACUGACUGUUUAAUUGGCAGUGUAAGAAUCAUUCCAUGCCUCCAUGAAUUGAUUUGCUUUGGCACCAGUAAUAACUACCACAAACUUAAGUGGAACUAAUGUUUGUUGGCACUUAGUGUGCCAAAUCAAUGUAGUUUUUCUUAAUGUAGAUUUGAAGUAUAUGAGAAGUUGUAUGGAAUUAGUAAUAGAGUGGCACAGGCGGGCAUUUUGCUACAUCCAGGUGUAUCAUUUUCAUCGUGUUGCUGUGCCUUUAACAGAGUGUGUGCAACAUAGAUGCACUAUGCAGAGUGCAGCAGUAUAGGUAGCAAGGGUUUUUGUUUCUGCUUCACAGCUGUUGGCUGUACGGUGCAGUUACCAUCUGAGGGGCAUGUUUUGUAUGUCACAUUUUCUUUAAUAGGGACCCUUUUGGAAUACAGCAUAUAUAUGCUGUAGGUUGGCAUUGUGUGUUUCCAAGUUUUCGCAUAUUGUUGUAUUGGAAUAUUUAUCAUCUUGAAAGAUGUUAUGUUUUUGAGAGUUCUGGUCACUUGCAUGCAUGUUUACCCUUGAAUUGGUUGUUUACCUGUAGGUCGUUUAAAACAUGGUCACUGGUCUUUGAGCUUGUUAACUCGUCUUCAGUUUUAUCUAAAGUCUGUGAAGGCUGGCAGUAGCUUUGCAUUAUUUUUGCAGUUAGCCAGCUGCCCAGCAGUUUUGAGUUUAAAACUGUAAUUUUUAUUUAUUUAUUUUUUUAUGGAGGGAUGUAAAAGCUGUUUCCUAACAAGGAGGAUCCUAGGUGGUGGACAAACUACUCCUUUGCUAUGGCAUUUUUAGUUUUAUCUUUUUAUCUUGAAUAAUAAAGUGAAGCGUUUUGGACAGUUGUGCCGCUGGGUAAAGGUCUAUUUUACUGUCUUUAGAAUGGUCAGUUGAAUUUGUAGUUCUGUGCGAUUGUACUUGCUGUACUUGCUUUAGUGUUGCUUAUGGAUUUUGAAGUUAAACUGUUUACACUAUUGCAUAUAACAAGUCAAGUGCUGUGAUAUUUUUCUUUAAUUUACAUGGUAUGAUUUUUAUCCCAAACUUUUGUUUUUUGGAGAUGUACACUUCUUGUCAGACCAUGUUGCUGAUGCCAGAAAAAGCUUACUUUAAGAACAGCCAGAAAAUGUUGAGAAUAGUAGGGCGGAAAAGCAUUCCAGCACUGUUGCUACUGAAUGCCACAGUACAUUUCUUAACUCAUCAGUGAUACUUUAAACAGCCCCUUCCCCCUCCAAAAAAAAGUUAUGCGGGUGUGCAGUUGCUUUCCUGAGUAGAUACAGUUCUUGGUUGGGUUGUGGUGUGUUUUGUUGGUGCCUAAAGAAAGCAAAUACAUGUUUGGAGCUGCAUGGUAAUAUGAUUUUACAGCUAUAGUUUUUUUUUUUUUUUUUUUUUUUUAUUGGGUAUGUUUUAAGCUAACAAAUACUGUAUUGUUAAAGUUGUAUGAAUUGCAUAACCAUUUUCCUUUUAACAUGACACUCCGCAUGACAGAAGACCUUUGCUGCUGUGGACUUAUCACCAGUGAAGUUUACUUGUACAGCUCAGACACGGGCGAGUAAUGACAUAUGCUUGUUUCGUUGUUUUUUUCUUUUCUUUUGGCUUUUUUUUCUUUUCUUUUACAUUAUACUAAAAAAAAAAUCAAGAUUUAAAAUGUUUACCUGCUGUUGUCAUACCAGUGCCCGUGUUUUGAAUGGAUAAAGUGAAUGACCUCUUUGCUUUGUGCUGUGUACACCAUUUCAGGAAAAGUCAGGAAUCCUUAUGUGGCUCUCACUGUUACAUAGACGUACACACGCACGUAUUAAGCUGGGUUUGUUUAUAUCAAUAAAUUAAUUUUUUUUUCAA